UGAGACGCGUCUGUUGCUUCGCGAGCGUGUCACUCGGUCGAAUUAUCAACCAAAUUUUCGCGAAUCGGAAAGGAAAAUUCGACCCGCACUUGUCCGAACGUGCCACUUUAUAAAUGAGUAUGUAAACAAAACGCGCCGAGGUUUUGUGUGGUGCCUAAACAACGGAAAUCUGCCAGAGCUAAUUAUCACGUCGGCGUUGAAGAUGAACUUGCUGUCGUUGAUCGUGACGACGGGGUUGAAUCUGAUCCACGCGCCAUUUUCGCACAACGUCGCGCGCAGUGACGACGGAAUCGAAGAUUUUUCUGUUUUUCCGUUCAACAUUUUGAAAAAUACGCCGGCGUGCGUUACGCUUACCGUCGCGGUGGGCGAAAACCACAUGAAAGUGACGUCCCUUCCCAGAGGAUUCUGCUCCAACUGCUGCCAGGCGAAAAUUACACGGGACGUUCGCUUCAUGCUCUACACCAAGGCCGAUCCUAAAAGAGGAGUGCCCAUAGUUCCAUUUAACAAAGUGGGGGCCGCUGCUCGUGCAGGAGUCCAACCGGAUCGGGACACUGUGAUUUUUAUCCACGGAUUUUCCGAACCCAGUCCGGGUGAAAGCGGAACCGCAAUCGUCGAUGCGUACCUAAGCAGACCAGAAUACUUCAACGUAAUAUUGCUGGACUGGUCUGAGCUCAGCAGUUUCCCAUGGUAUAGAACGGCGGUGGAGAAUGUAAAGUUGGUUGGAGAAAUCUUGCGCAACUUCAUCAAAACUUUCACCAAAAGCGGAGAAAUCGCAAUCGACAGGCUGCACGUUAUCGGAUUCAGUUUGGGCAGCCAUAUCGCCUCGCGUGCAGGAAAGAAUCUACAGGGUGGCGUCAGAAUACCGAGGAUAACAGCGCUAGAUCCUGCUUUUCCCGAUUUUCCAUUGCAAGAUCGCACAAAGAGACUGGCAGAGACUGAUGCGGAUUAUAUCGACGUCAUCCAUACGGACAGCGGCAUAUUCGGGUUCCCUUUGUCGAUAGGGCAUGCCGACUUUUAUCCAAACGGCGGCAGAGCCCUGCAGCCCGGCUGUCAGCCCAGUUAUUUAGCGAAGCAGAGAAUUAUCGACCAAGUCCUCGCGUGCAGUCACGUAAGGGCUUGGCGCCUGUACGCCGAAUCCGUCAGGAACCCCGACGCCUUUCCGGCCACCCAAUGCCGGAUGUUCCGGGGACCUGCCAAAGAGUGCAACUUUACAACCGACGCUUACAUGGGAUACCGAAGCAAUAAGAAUUACGUUGGUCAGUUUUAUUUACGCACUGAUUACAAGGCGCCAUACGGACUGAAACCUGAAGUUCAAGAAGUCUAUCCCGCUGCAAAUUAACUUUAGUCAGUAAGUUGGUGACACUAUUUAAUUAGCUAAGUUUAAGUUAAUUAUGUAAAUCGAUCGAUAGACUGAUUAGAAUAUUAUUGUGUGUGUAAAUACUCUGCAAUCAAUGCAAAAGUGUUGUGUCUCUUAAUAAAGAAGGAUGGAUUUUUCGUAUUAAAUUAGGAAAUAAUUCAGUAAAACUAAGUUUCCUCUUAUAUUGACUGUUAAAUUAGUGAUUUUCUUAUAGUUUCAUGCUUUUUUUUUGGUGACGUGUAGAAGUCCAAACCUCAACUACCUAGCAAAUGAUAAAAGGGUGGCUUUCUUCACAUAAACAUUUAGAUACUUUUUCGUUAUAAAAAAUUGUACAAAAAUAUAAUAUAGAGUAAGUUAUUAAGCCAUUUCAAACUAACUCAUAUCAACUCUUAUGAGUUCCAGCUAUAGUUCAUUUCACGAGGGGACUUCCCUUGACAAAUCAAAUUAUGAGCUGAAACACAAUGAUAAAAAUUGAAAAUAAAAUGGCGGGCGUUCCUAACGUACCUAACUAUACUUAGAUUUUUUCCGCACUUAAAUAUAUAAUUGAACUAUUGUACGAGUUUACUUUUCUUUUCAAUUAGAUCUUGAAAAAAACGCUUUUCUGGAUCUAUGCUCAUAUAAUUUUUUUGGCUUAAACUCACUCAAAGAACCAGUUCCUAAAGUUUGGACGCCUACCUAUAAAACGCUCUGUAUAAUUUCGUAAUUUCUCCUUCAUGAUAGUCAGCCAAUUGGUCUCUAUUCAUUUCAUACGACUGAUUACUCUAUAAUUUGACUUAAUAUCAUUGAUCAAUUUUUGUUUGUCUUACAAUGGUUUGUUGAUUUUGGUAUAAUUUUUCCCGGUCACAAACAUGUCUGCUAAAAAUGAUGAUUCGCCCCGAAUGAGGAAAAAUGUCUUUUUUUUUUUCGUUUUGUAAAUAGUCUAUGCGAAUAUAAAUGUAAAUUGAAUUGAAAGUAAUGUGUUAUAUUUUUUGCCCGGAAAGAGACGUCUCCACUUGUCCCUUUGGAAAAAUAAAGUUCCAGACGAGACGUAUCGCUUCGGAUAGGUUGCUAGAAAAGUUGUCGACAAGAUUAAGGAUUCUUCAAUCUGUGAUAAACAUUACCUGAAACUUGAAUUUCAUUAGCUUUUUAUUUAUCUGAUAAAAAUGGAAUGAGAAACUGUUUUAUUUGUACAUAUUAUUAACGAGUAAGCAAAAAAUAUUAGGUAUUCGUCCUAAAAUAGCUUCUAUAGCCGUUUUUACCGCCAACCUAACAACAUAUUCAGCUAAUCAAAGACUAGUAUAUGGUCUUAUGUGUUAUUAUGAGCGGUCUAGAUCAAAUCAAAUCUGAUGAUGCAGAAGUGCGAAACACUAAUUAAAUUUAUAUUGUUUUUUGGUAUUUAAUUGCGGUUAACUACAAGAUGAGGUUUUCCUAAUUUUAAGUUUAACUUUACAUUGAAAAACCGGCCCUUAAUCGUUUGAAUGUCCCGCGCACGCUAAAGUCUCGAGUUACCGAUCGGCCAAACUCCAAACCCGAGGCUAAAUUAAACAAUAAAAGUAGAAGUAAUACACUUUAGGAAUUUAAAUUCUCAUGUUUGAGGUCGACAUAGUGUAAACGUCACGCGAUCAUUAGGCGGCAAGUUAUAUUAGUCACUUGUAGCUCCACCCUCGCGAAUCUAAUUUUACAUUUCAAUUUGCGUAAUUAUUUUAAUUGCCAGCGUAAAUAAAUAAAUUCUCGAUCAAUGAGUAUACGUGUAGGGUGUCUUCUCGACAACAAAUAUCACACUAUGGUUUUGGGAAGUAGAAUACACUGAAUAGAAACAUAAUUUGACCUAAGUAUAUGACUUAAAAGUAUGGAGAGCCAUACCUCUACUAAUUCUUCGUUUUAUAAGUUAGCACUGAACAGACGCCUAAGAAGUAACCGGUGUUGAGUCUGCAGCAUUAUGAUUGUUUUUGAAUUUGGUGACCUGACUCGUUUGUUAUUUGAUUGUCCUAUCCAUUGAGGCAAUCCGCAAUUUUUAUAUGGUUGAAUUGUUCAAUUUGCGGCUAAAAAUGAUGGCCCUUAAUGAGGAAAAAUGUCUCUUUUUUUCGUUUUGUAAAUACUG